AUUAUUGAAUUCGAAUACUAAACUAUUAGUACUGUCAUCGCUGCCUUUGAGCAGCAUUCUUUGAUGUUCUGGAACGUUCUUAGACUCUUAGGAUGCGUAAAAGCGAGGUGAAUUUUAUGUUUUCAUUGAACUGGCAAGAUUAGAUCUAAGGACUUUUUGUUGUUCAUCAAAUCUAACAUAAGAAGUCUCUGUUGUCGUUGUUGCAAUUGAACUGUGAAAGUUGAACUCAACCAAACAAAUAAGAAGUAAGCCAAGAUGAUACCGUUAAAAACCUUUGCGGAAGGAAUGUUUGCUCAAGAAGAAGACGACGACUACGCUUAUGCUGGGUUUCAUAUGAAACCCAAGGAGAAAGAGAAGCUUUUUCCAGAUCGUAAAGGAUGUGGUUGGACAUUUCUUCGUUUUCUCAUCGACACUCUUUUCAUUCUGUCUUAUCUCGUUCUUUCUAUCAUCUUCAUCUCUUUCUUUGUUUCUGCUCUCGCUUUCAGUCUCAGYUUAUCACUGGACAUGACCUUUGAGAUGYUGUCUCCAGUGGGCUCCACGCAGUCCAAGAAGAACAUCAUCUCAGUUUGCUUGUUCUUUCUUCUUUGUUCUGUUCUCGUCCUUGUUUCUCUGAUGCUUUCCCUUUUCUGGGAAGUUCUCAAAGCCGUUCUCCUCAAGAUUUCCAUCAAGUACAAUAUUGCUCGAGUAGUGCUUCUUUUGCUUGUAGUAGUGACCAGUGGCGUCUGGGCCGGAGUAGUUGCACCCGUGGACUCACAAGUCAAUUUUGCGGACUAUUUCCAUUACAUCUCUGUAGUAGUUUGGGUUACAGCUUUUGGGUUGUCAGUUCUUGGAUCACUACUUUUGAUCGUCUUUGUCUUUACGCAUUCUGUCAAGAAUAAGAAGAUUCUUUGUGUUCAUGUCUGUAUUGCUGUGAUUCUAGUGAUGUUUUCUGUCAUCAGUCCUAUUGCAUUCGGCAUCAUCACUGAUUCUUCAGUUGGUAUCAUCGCAUUUGUGUUAUUGUUACCGCUUUUCACUGCCUUUGCCGUUAUCUAUGCUUACUUCAGAGGUAAAACGAGAGACCGGAGGAAGUACAUCUUCAACAAGUAUUCUUGUCUCUUGUAUCUUAUUCUUUUCUUGCUAACUGUAACUAUUUUGUUUACUUCUGUGAUGAACGCACCGACCGGUUGUGGUAGCCACUGCAAGGAGGAGCUUGAGAAAAAUGCUGCCGCAGUAGACAGACAAUUAUUUGCAGAAGACCACUACCAAAUCUGCACCCAAAGAUGGACCUCAAAGAUGUUCAAUAUUGCUGACAUGGCUUUCUUUGCAAACCUGACUUACAACAGACAAGUUGUUAAACCCAAUUCCACAGCAAUACAGCAACUUGCUAAUGACUUCUUUAAAACAAGAAGCAUGACUUGGACGGUGAAGCAUAUAUCCAGUACCAUGCCAUAUUUCAUUCAUUUACAAACUGGAUUUGUUCACGUUAUCGCCAUUCGAGGUCCUCAAGACACGUUGGAGUUUGUAGAAAGUGCAAAACUGUGGGAUGAAACUGCUGUGCUGCAAUCCCUCGCGUUGGUUUUCCCCAUUCUUCAGAAUCUACCAAUCAAAUUCAAAGCAGAAUACGUCUCCAAAAGCUCCUUUAUCAACAAAAUCUUUCACGCGGGCUCCAACAGCCAUUUCUUCCAAUCUAUCGAGGAUUACGUCAAACAAGUCAAGAACACGAGUGAUGUGGUACUUGUUGGACACUCUCUUGGAGGCGGCAUCGCCAAGAUCAUCGGAGCCCGCCAAAAAAUACCCGCUGUUGCUUUUUCAAGCCCUGGAAUUGGGAACAGCUAUAUCAAGUUUGGAUUCUCUCUUCAAGAYGCCAUGAAGUUUGUAGUGACCAUUGCUCCAGAUGGGGAUGUUAUUCCAAUGGUCGAUCAACUGUAUGGCCAGGUCCAGACUAUUCGAUGUACUGGAGAGAAUUUCGUACAGUGUCAUCAAAUUUCAAGGACGUAUUGUGAGUUACAGUCCGGAUGUGGAAAUUUAAUGCCUGGAUGUGAAUCGGUACUCGAUAAUUAAGAUUAGUUAGUUUUGAGGUAUACACCUAAUUGAAAAAACGUAGUCGGGUUCGAGGAGGUAAUAUCAUCGAAGCUAAGACCGAAAAGGGAUUUGGGUACUCUGAAAUGUGUAUCAUAUUUGCAUAUAGACAUGUAAAAAUGCACAGUAGAGCAAAGUCGACCUAGAUUAACAACAUGCCAAAGCCAUGAUGCAUAAAAUGUGCACAGGAAGGGAAAACUGCAAUACGCAUGAAAUUAGCAUAAUUGUUUGUCUUCCCAUGCUCCCCUUCGGUCUUAGCUUAUAUGAUAAAACCUUUUUUUGAAACCGACAACGCUUUUUAAAUUAGGUGUAUUCACUGUUUUUAAUGCAUUAUAAGAGUGUUCUGCCAAUCCCCUAGUGUUUUAUGACUGCACACAGCACAGCAAGCAAGUUUUUUAAUUUUCAAUUUUUAUAAAAUACAAAUUACAAUAAUAGAUAGGAAUGACGCAACGGAAAGUGUGCGCGCGUGCAAUGUGCUCUCAUAAAGCACGCGCUCCAAACCAAUCAGAACGCGACAUUCAUAACAGUUAUUUUAUAACACGAAAUAGCUUGAGAAUGUGCAGAAGAGUUGUGACUGCAAGUGUAAAAUAUGUGCAAGUCUAUCAACAGUUAUCAAGCGGUUAAAACAUGUAAAAUGUAUCUACCA